AUGCAAUUGUUGCUCGCAGUGGCGGCGGUGUUGGCACCGGCAGUGGCCAAGACCGCGGUGUUUGAGCUUGCCCGAGACGGGGGCAGCGACGCGCUGGCGGCGCCGGUGGCGGCGCACGUGGCGCGGGCGUAUCUCAGUGACAAGUUCGGGGCGUCGCUGGUCGUGGCCCUUGGCGACGGCGCCCUCGGCGACCAAGCCCUCCAGUUUAUCAAUGCUCACCACUACCCUCGUGCCCUGAACCAAUUGGUGGUGCUGGUGAGUGGGGUGGCGGCGCCCGAGCUGUUUGCAGCGGCGCCGUUGUUGGUCACCAGUGACGACGACGUCGCCCAGCAAGUGCGCCGCGACUUAAAGGCGACCCACAGUGCCCACCACUUGACCGAAGAAAUCACCAUUUAUUCCGAUGCUCUGGAUCACCCCCAACUGGUGGUGAACCACUUCUCGCUGUUCGACUCCCAGUUGGCGGCGAUCUGGCGCCAGUUCGUCAACGAUGACCACCAACAGGUACUUGCCAGCGACGGCCUGCGCUCGCGCGUGAUCACCGACAAGCUCUUCAUGACCGAGCUCGCGCAGUUAUUGCACCUCCGGCGCCUCCCCAUCGCCGACGCCGGCGUGGUGGUGAUGGACGUGGGGCUGAUCAACUCGUUGGCCAACAAAUUGGGCCACGGCGCCCCCACUGUGGAGUACGCUCGCGAUAUCAUUUCCCAAGCUAUUCUGCAAUUUGGCGACGACUAUGACGUCACCGUCAUCGUCAGCGACGACGACGUCACCGGCGCCGACCCCGUGCGGUUCGGCAAGCGCUCGCAGCAAGUAGCGGACGUGUUUGCCCAGGUGGAAAAGCGCGGCAAGCUCGGGUUCGACUCCGAGGAGAAGUGUAAGGAGACCACCGGCGACUGUCUGGGCCACGGCAAGUGUGUCAACUUCCAGGACAAGUGGCGGUGUGCCUGUGAACCCCUGUUUGACAAGGAGAAGCAAAAGACCACCAAAUGGGCCGGCGCCGAUUGUCUGAAGAAAGACGUGCUGAGCGAGGCCAACAUGUUUUUGUGGACGGGGAUCGUGUUGUUGGCGUUCUUGGUUGCUGGGGGGAAAUUGAUGUACAGCGUCGGCUCCCAGCCGUUGCCAGGGGUGUUGCAAGCCGCCACCAACCCGAAAAAGACUAACUAG